CGUUGAUUCUGAGUUGCGUUCGAGUCAGGCUGGGUAAUAUUCUUGCUUCGCGUUGUUGGCUCCAGUCUUCAAACUCCCCCGACCGUCGGUAUCUGAAUGGGGGAAGUCAGCCGGAGAAGGAAGCGUGAGAGAUUGCAGUGGGGUCUGGAAGAGACGAAGUGAGACACCGACUGGGAUGUAACCAAGCGCCAUACCAGAUAUGUCAAGUGGAACAAAAGAGACUUCUCCCUCCGGCUCUGAAUCUCAGUGGAGGAAACUAACUAGCGGCUAAACGUUAGCUAACUCUACAUUUGCGACUAGUUAGAGGAGAUUCUGUUUAGGAAAGUACAUUUAAUUUACGGUUCUCCGAGCUCUGGUGUUUACAGCUAACAGGAAGUUCCGUGUUAACACGAGUUAUUAGCAACAGUUAAGCUAGUAGGGUUAAGGGUAACUAGCUCGCUCCUUUUUAAGGUUAGAUUUGAAGGCGAGCUACCAAGUUAACUGUUGUUUUGGUGCUCUAGGGUGAUGUGAUUUAAGCUGGUUUUAAAUCUCACUUAUCCUUUUUUUAUUGUGAAACUGCAACUAGCAGUAGGUGCUUGUGUGUCAGCUACUAGUUAACAUUUUUGACGAGAUCAACAGCGUUUUUGCCUCUUUUUUUUUUUUCCUGGACACUCAGACUGGAUGAAGUGGAUUCUCUGCCUUUUUACAGCUGAAAGCAUCCUUACUUGAUCGGGUCUUAUUUAUUUAUUUUUUACUUUUACUCGCCAUGGCAGCAGUGGUUGAAUACUCCCCACCAUGGUGGGUGAACCUUCUGCACCGACUGCCCCAUUUCAACAUCAAGUUUGAGCAAACAAGUAGUGAUUUCCAACCCGAGGACUGGACAUACCAACAGUCCAUCCUGUUGCUGGGAGGUGUGGCGCUGGCCUGUCUGGCUCUGGACCUCCUGUUCCUGCUCAUCUAUUCCAUCUGCCUGUGCUGCCGACGCAGCAAGAGCGAGGAGCAGCCCAACGCCGACUGCUGCUGCACGGCCUGGUGCGUCAUCAUCGCAACACUCGUUUGCAGCGCCGGCAUUGCCGUCGGUUUCUAUGGGAACGGUGAGACUUCUGAUGGAGUGAGCCGGCUGACGUAUUCCCUCCGCCACGCUAACCGCACAAUCACCGGAGUGCAAAAGCUGGUAAAUGACAGCACAUCAUCGUUAAACCAGACAGUGGACGGCAAUCUGCAACAGCUUGAGGAGCAGUAUGCUCAGCAUGCGGACUACCUCUCCAUCAUCCAAAAGCUGCAGGGCCAACUGGACGAGCUGGUCAGACAGAUGGUUGAGAUUCCUUUCUGGGACAACAACAAGGUUUCCCUGGAGGAUUUGGCCGUCAAGAUUGAACUCUAUGACUGGUAUAGGUGGCUGGGCUACAUAUCCUUACUGCUGUUUGAUGUCUUUAUCUGCCUUCUUGUUCUAUUUGGCCUUAUUCGCAACGCAAAGGGAACACUUAUCGGAGUGUGCCUGUUUGGUGUAGUGGCUCUUAUCAUCAGCUGGGUCUCUCUGGGGCUGGAGUUGGCUGUCUCUGUGGGCUCCAGUGACUUUUGCUUCGCUCCUGAUACAUUUGUUACCAAAGUGGGCAAUCAGUAUGGAUUAGUCAAUCACGAAAUCCUGCAGUACUACAUUGGUUGCGGUUUGGACCAACCUAACCCCUUCCAACAGAGGCUUUCCGGGAGCCACAAAGCUUUAGUGGAGAUGCAGGACGACGUGUCUGAGCUGCUGCGCUCUGCUACCAGAGAAUAUAAACAAACUAAGGAGAGUUUGGAGGAGAUUCAGGAAAUACUGAACACCACAGAGAUCAGCCUUCAUCAGCUCACUGCACUCGUGGACUGUCGCAGCCUGCACAUGGAUUACGUCCAGGGCAUGACAGGUUUAUGUUACGAUGGACUGGAAGGCCUCAUCUACCUCGUGCUCUUCUCCUUCGUCACAGCUCUGAUGUUCAGCUCGAUUGUCUGCAGCGUUCCUCACACCUGGCGAGGCAAGCGGAGCGAUGAAGACAGCGAAGACGAGUCUCUGAGCCACGGAGGAAGGCAAAACCAUGACAGCCUGUACCGGGUCCACAUGCCCAGCCUGUACAGCUGUGGCAGCAGCUACGGCAGCGAGACCUCCAUUCCUGCCACCGCCCACACCGUCAGCAACGCCCCUGUCACAGAGUACAUGGCUCAGAACUCCAACUUCCAGAACUCUCGCUGUGAAAACACGCCUCUGAUAGGCCGAGAGUCUCCUCCUCCUUCAUACACCUCCAGCAUGCGGGCGAAGUACCUGGCCAACAACAACAGCCGACCAGAUCCCAACAACCCUCCAGCACAUUAGACCCCACUGCAGCCUUCCUGUCGUCURUUUCAGUCUUCUGCUUCCUGCCUCCGUUUACCGUCUCGCUUGAAUUAAAAAAACAAAAAAACAAACGUGCUUUCUGCUGGCUGCUUGAAGCAGAGCUUAAGGACAUCCAUCAAAUCUCGUCUCAUGAGUCAGAAGUGCAAAUACUACUACGUCAACACUUUAGGUUAGGAUUGCAUGAACGUUCAAAGACUUUUUUUUUUUUAACAGGAAUGCAACCUGACAUGUAGCAUGUCACAUCCAACAAGACAUGACAGUUUGGAAGUGCUCAUGUUUUAACACUGGUUGUUUUGUAAAGUACUGUACUCAGAUACUCAGAUUUUACUGUUUGAUGAAUGCCUGAUAUUUGAGAACGGGACACCUGAAGCUUGGAUACGAUCUGUCACACUUUCACUCAGCAUAAAUCAAAACCAUCUUUUAGACCAGAUGAGAGCUGAACCUUUUCUGGUCUCCUACAUAUUCUCAUACACCAACUCUGGCACUUGCUUGUUGUGGCAUUUUGUCCUAAAUCUGAUGUUGGGGACCAGUUUUUCGGCGAUAUUGCACGUCUUAUUGCAGUCUUAUUAUUAUUUUGUUCAUCUUAACUCAUUACUUCCUGCAGCUUUUUAAAAAAAUUACUUUGCUGAGCAGUAACUAACUUGUGGACAUGACACGGUUCGGUUUGGACGAGGUUAAUCUGACCGAAUUGAAACGAUGGAGAAUAUUUUAUAUAACUGGAACUUUUUUUUAAACAAAUGGUGGUAGAGGAGUGAUUCAAAUAUUUUAGGAUAAGUUGCAGUGCACCUUCCUGCGUUUACAGCCCUCUCCUAACAGAGCGGAGAACACACACGACUGAAAUGCUCAGCAGGGAUUGUCCCAGCGGGAGUUCUAACCUGAGAAAAGUCUCACAAAUGUGUUUUAGCAUUUAUCUAAAUGUAGAAAAAAGGGUGAGUUGAUGCUGUGAAGGGACGUGACUCUGUAUAAACAUUAACUUCUCUUUAAGGAAAUGUUCCUGUUGACGCAUGACAAAAGCUUUCAGAUGUGCAGUGAGACGUURGUACUUCUAGUUGUGCUCUGUGAUCGGUGCACGAGGUGACGUCGAGGCUGUGCCAACAAGUUGAGCACAAAUCUGUUUUCAGUGACCUUUUUUGGAUGUCUUUACUUCAAUCAAAUGCUCUUAGACGGCUGUGAAAAAAAAUGAGCCUAAACAUUGAAUUCACUGAUACAGUCUUUGUUUCAUUGAGGUAGUCGUCGUGUUGUACAGAUAUUUACAUAAACAAUUAAAAAUACAGGAUGMUUCUCAACUCGAUGCUCAGUUUGACUUUUUUUAUUUUAGAUGAAAAUUGGCGAACACAAUGUGUUGCUUAGUUAAUGUAAAUAAAAAUAGAAUUCACAAUGUCAAUGAUUUUUUUUUUUUGAUGAUAUAAAAGAAUCUCUAGAAUUUGUUUUUAUACUUCAUUUUGUAACGUGUACGUGUAAAAGCUGUGCUGUUAUUGGGCUUGAAUGGUGUGUUUUGAAAUAAAGAAACACUGAAGUGCAA